AUGACAUUGCCAAGGUUUGUGGUGCUGAAAUCAAACUGGAAUGACAAGUGCUUGCACUACAUACAUGAAGAUGGGGAGGUGCAUGGGUUUGUCCAAUUCUGUGGAGAGGAGGUUUCCAGUCAGUAUUCAAAGUACGAAUUGGAGAUGGCAAAAACUAGUAGUAAUGGGAAUGUACUUGUUCAUAUAAAAUGCUGUUACAACAACAAAUACUUUGUAAGAUGGUUGCCCAACCAAUGGUGGAUUGUUGCCACUGCUGACGAACCAGAGGAAGACCAAUCCAAAUGGUCAUGUACCUUAUUUGAGCCCCGCCGCAUAAAUGAUUAUGACGCUGCUCAAACAACAAUUGGAUCUAUUGCUCAAACAAUUCGAUUGCGUCACGUCCAGCUCGGCCACUAUGCAUGCUUAUGGAGGGUAAUAACCGUACACAGUUCAUGCUUAUUCGCAGCAACCACAGAGCCUAACAAAGAACAAUGCGAUGUCUUCACAAUCAUCGAUUGGGAACCGUUGUCAUUAGUGCAACCCAAAUCCAACGCUUUUAUAAGAGAGACAGUAGCAUUGCCAAGGUUUGUGGUGAUCAAAUCAAACUAA